AUUAUAUUACAUCUAUCUCGUUUUAUAUAAAUAUAUACCACUUCUCUACAGUCUUUCAUACACAAAUCAUCAACUCUCUCUAUCUCUCUAAUUAACAGAAGGUGAGAAAACAUAAACAUGGGUUCUUCGACAUUGUUCAAGUCCUUGAUGCUCAUUGCUGUCUUCAUCAGCUCAUGCACAGCACAAGCUCCCACCGCCACCCCUACAGUCUCUCCAACCGCCGCCCCUACACCUGCCCCCGUCAUCACACCACCAUCUCCCGCUCCUACACCGGUUCCAUCUCCUUCUCCUUCUCCUUCACCAUCUCCAAUGGCUGUACCCUCUCCUGCACCUUCUUCUGUAUCCCCUACUACAGCUCCAUCACCGGGUGGACCUUCCGGUGCUCCAUCGCCAGGUCCCUCCACCGGACCACCAGCUGAUCUUCCACCUAGCGGCACCUUUGUUGAUGGCUGGGUCAACAGAGCUGUUAUCGCUGGGACUGCACUCGCCGGAGCAUUUUUUGCUGUUACUUUGAUGUGAAGAUGAAUGCAUGUUCUAUAUAACUAAUUAUACGGUCCACAUUUGUUUCUGUUUUUCUCUCUUUUGAGUUAGAUUCUCUUUUUCUUGUUAUUCUUCAGAUUAUCAUUCUUAUAUAUAUUACUUGUGUAUUUGUGGGUAA